GAUGGGGCGCACGGCUUUGAUGUGGAGCGCAUAUAAAGGCAACUCGAUCGAUUCGUUGCGUGAGCUAUUGCGGGCUGGAGCUGCGCUGGAUCUUGUGGAUCAGACCGGGUACUCGGCGCUUCACUGGGCUGUAAGAGUGCUUGAGAGCAAAUCUGGAACUGGGAAGAACCCGGCUCUCAUACAUUUUCCAUUCAGGUGAUUGCUUGCCACAUGGAUUUCGCCACGAAGCUUAUCGAGAAGGGAGCGCGAACGGACCUGAAAGACGGGGAGGGGAAAACACCGGCAGAUUGGGCGCGAGAACGUAAUCAAACGCGGCAAUUCGAGGAGAUCAUUGAGCUCUAUGCGCCAACCGACAAACCAAAGCAUGAGGAUGGGCGGCCCUUUGAUCAGCGCACCACCAAUCGAAUCGUGUAUCUUGCCCCAUUUGUCGUUCUGUUCUUCUCAUUCUAUGCGGGGUCGACUCUCCCAUACUACUUCAGCAUACCCACCGUCGCCCUUCUCUUCUAUCUUGUGCAAGCAAAGUUGGUCGUACGAUAUCUGUUGCACGGUGCGCGGAAUCUGGUCAAAACGCCGUUUAUCACCGCUAUUCCUCAGGCGACUUUGACCUUCGUCGGUCUUUGCUGGUUGAUGAUUGUACCAUAUACCGGAUUCUUGUACCUUGAGCACAUAUUUUUCCUCGCGUGCUACGGCACGUGUAUUUACUCUCUGUACAAGACGAUACAUACCGAUCCUGGGUAUAUUCGCAGCCAGACAGUUGAUGAGCGUGUGCAGACCGUCUUGUCAUUAGCGACCACAGGAAAACUGGAGCCAAGAUCAUACUGCAUCACAUGCUGUAACAAGAAACCAAUACGUAGCAAGCAUUGUAAAGUGUGCGAUCGCUGUGUGAUCAAAUUCGAUCAGUGAGUAGCAUCCUCGUCAUCCCUACCUCUUUGAAUUUUGAUUACUCAUUUCACGGUGUUCGCUCAAACAGCCAUUGUCCAUGGACAUACAGUUGCAUUGGUGCACUAAAUCAUCGC